CAGCAACAGCAACAGCAACAGCAACAGCAACAGCAACAGCAACAGCAACAGCAACAGCAACAGCAACAGCAGCAGCAGCAGCAAUCCCAAAAUGGAGACACCGAUACAACCAUCACCACUACUUCUUCUUCUUCCACCGCUACUACCGCCACCAUCACCGCCCCAUUAUUGUCAUCCUCCUCCUCAAAACAAACGGACAACGACGGCGACCAGGAUAUGGAAACCGACGAUUCACACCCUUCCACUGCCCCUUCAAAGACAACACUCCACACUGCAACUCCAGACUACGCGAACUUACCACACCUCUCACGCGAAUCCUUCCUCGCCUCCAUCCCGCGUCCGCACCGGCACCGGCUCUAUUAUGCUCCCGCCCCAGGGUCCGAACGUGCGAACGCCUUACUCUACACCCAUCCGAGUCACCACCAUCACCAUAAUCAUAGCCAUAACCAUAACCAUAACCAUGGCUACACACUUCGCCAUCAUCUCCAUUACAAUCCAUUCACGUAUCGCAAGUUCCCACCCUAUCAGCAUUGGACUUCUUCGGCCCAGCGGGAUUAUCAUCUGAGGACGAUCGGGGUCGUUGGACGGCCUCGGACUGUGCCACCGCUCUCGGCAGAGGGACGGUGGGAGGAUGGAGGUGAGGAUAUGGUGCUACGGCCGCCACCGUUGUCGUUGUUGGUGACAGGAUCGGGAGCGAGUGGGGGAGGAGUGAACAAGGCUCAUUAUCGGUCAAGACUACCGGUGCAUUUGAGGCAUAUGACUGCGAGGACGAAUCGACGGGCCGCUACCUGUGUGAAUCCCUUUCAGGACGGGACUAAGCAAUCUCAAGGGCGACAACAGCAACAACAACAGCAGCAGGAUAAGCAGGACUAUUAUGGGUCUUUGUUGUCGAAUCUGAGCAUAAAUGACGAGUUUUCGACUGGAUUGACACCACCUUCAGCCCUCGCAGCCGACCCAUCCACGGGCCUGAACAAUAACAAUGCGUCGUCGUCGUCGUCGUCUUCUGCAGGAUCGAAUUGGAGGAGACUGUCAGACUGGAAGAGGGUGUCGGCGUUUAGAUUGGAUCUGGAGGACGAAGGACAGCAGCGUGGGGGAGGAAUGAUCAUGCGGUUGGCGACUAAUGAUCUGGUCACUACACACACUUCUUUAUUGUCGUCUUCGUCGUCGUCGUUGUCGGGACUCAAGAGUAGUAUUAAUAGUGGUGGUGGUGGUGGAAGGCAUUGGAAGAGUCAGCGUGGCGGAUUGGCAAAUCUGUUGCAGGCCAGGCAGGAUGGUGGCAUGUCUGGGACUGGAUCUACUACAAGAGGAGUAGAAGGAGCAGGAGGAGGUGGGGGGAGUACAGUAGAUCGGCUGGUUGAGGAGAUGAACAAAUGGUCUGUGUGAGGAAUAGAUCGAUUUUAUUUUUGCCACCAAAAUUGCCAACCCCAACACCAUAUCUCGCCCAACCACAGAUGAACGAAGAGUAAACGCAGUCGACCAAAGACUUGUAAAUACAAGAAAAAAAAAACAUGAUUAUAAACAUUACCUUUUCGAUCCUAUCUAUGCAUACAUACAGAUGAUUGCUGGCGCCGUCGUCGUUGUCCAUGUCAG